UCCAGAUGGCUCGUCGCGGCUUGAAAUACAUAAGCGAAGAAAAUUGUAGGCUAUUUCUAACAGGUAGCUAGCUAAAUUAUACGGGUUCUUGACGUUUGGUGGUGAUGAAACCCGAAAACCAACGGGGAAUAAGAACAAUAUCAGGCAUUUGGCGAGAUACCCGUAUUCAGAGCAGCUUACGAGGCGUGACCACCAGGACCCUCAGUGCCAGUGCAGCAGGGGCGCAGUGAAGGACAUGGCCACACCGUUCGUCCCCGUCCCCUUCCCGAUGGAGCGGGCCAGGUCGCGGGUUCGACGGACCGCCUCGCUGGGCAGCGUCUCCACCGGGUCGGGCUCCCCCUCCAGGGCCCCCGGGGACGAGACCAUCCCCGAAACGAGAGGGGGGUCCUCCCGGCCCUGUGCCACCCCGCCUCUGGAGUGCCACAGCCCUGUGACCCGGACCAGGCUCAACGGAACGGGCCCCUCUAUGGAGUACUCCAACCGACCCCGUUCCCAUGACGACUCUCUGGACUCGCCCCCGCGGGAGCGGCCUGUCACCCCUACCCUCCUGGGGUACGAGAUCAUGGAGGAGCGCGCCAAAUUCACCGUGUACAAGAUCCUGGUGAGGAAGGGCCAGGAGAGCUGGGUGGUGUUCCGCAGGUACACAGACUUUUCCAGGCUGAACAGCAAGCUCAAAGACAAGUUCCCCGGAUUCAGUUUUUCUUUGCCACCCAAACGCUGGUUCAAGGACAACUACGACACAGAGUUCCUCGAGGAGAGACAGCUGGGUCUACAGGUGUUCCUGCAGAACCUGGUCGCACGCAAAGACAUAGCCACCAGCUUGCCAGUGAGAGAGUUCCUGUGUUUGGACGACCCUCCGGGCCCCUUCGACAGUCUGGAGGAGAGUCGGGCCUUCUGCGAGACCCUGGAGGAGACUAACUACCGCCUGCAGAAGGAGCUGGUGGAGAAGCAGAGGGAGAUCGAGGAGCUGCGGAAGGCCCUGGAGGAGAAGCGGCUCCACAUUCACAUUCUGGAGAAAAGAGUCAAUGGAGACUCUCUGAGCCCAGAGAGUCUGGAGAGCCCCUGCAGGCUCUCGGGCUCCGGGCCGGGCAGUGAGGGCAGCACGGAGGCGGACAUCGACACCGAGUCCUCCGUUGUGGAGGCCGACCAGGAAAUGGACCUGGAGAACGGCUGUGGCGUCGCGGCCUCGAAGAAGGGUCACACAGCCUGCUGGUGCGGCCCGUUGCCCGGGAGUCCCCCGCCAAUCAUCCAGGUUACCCAGGUUACCCAGGAGCCGCAGCCACUGACCUGACCGCUCCCUCUGACCGCAGACCGGACCCUGCUCUCU